AUGGAGGUGAACCGGGAUGAGGCGGAGCGGUGCGUCGACAUCGCCGCCGCGGCGUUGAGCAGCGAGCAACCGGACAAAGCGAGGAGAUUCCUGGAGAAAGCCCAGAGGCUGUUCCCCACCGAGAAGGCGAGGGUGCUGCUAGAUCUCAUGUCCAAGAACGGCUUCACACCCAGACAAGACACACAUGCGGACCUGAAUGGAGAUUCAGGACCUCGAUUACGACAGAGCCAAAGUGGUGACCAAAGCAGACCUGAAGAGAAACCCGUGGAUAAGUCCUACACGGCAGAGCAAGUGGAUGCUGUGCGAAGGAUCAAGCAAUGCAAAGAUUUCUACGAGAUCCUCGGCGUGCAGAAGGACGCUUCUGAAGAUGAGCUCAAAAGAUCUUACCGGAAGUUAGCAUUAAAAUUUCAUCCGGAUAAGAAUCACGCCCCUGGUGCCACAGAGGCAUUUAAAGCUAUUGGGAACGCGUACGGUGUGCUGAGCAACGCCAACAAAAGACAACAAUACGACACGUGCGGCGAGGAGAGGCGGCAUCCAACCAGUCAAGCGAAUGCCAACUUUGAUGCUGAUAUUUCACCCGAGGACCUCUUCAACAUGUUCUUUGGAGGAGGUUACCCAGCCAGUAGCAAUCAUGCAUACACAAAUGGGAGGAUGCGGCACCAGAGGCCCCAAAGAAGAGAACGACAGCGAGAUCAGGGGGGCCUGGCCCUCUUCGUGCAGAUCAUGCCCAUCCUCAUCCUUGUUAUUGUCUCGGCCCUCAGCCAAAUUAUGGUCAAAAGUCCAGCGUACAGCCUCAGCUAUCGGCCGUCAGCGGGCCACACGCAGAAGAGACUGACGGGGAACCUGAAGGUCGUGUAUUAUGUGGCCGAGAACUUCCCCAGAGACGUCAACGACGAGAAUCUGAAGCGAUUGGAGGAGACGGUGGAGGAUGAUUAUAUCUCCAACCUGCGCAACAACUGCUGGAAAGAGAAACAGCAAAAAGAAGGCAUGCUGUACCGAGCACGCUAUUUCGGUGACGCAGAUCUAUACCAGAGAGCACAGAGGGCUCGGACGCCGAGUUGCGCCAAGUUGUCUGAGAUCAGCGCAUCUGUACACGGCUGA